GGUUGAUUUUUAUUUUAAUACAAACCAGUGAAGAUGACACCGAAACAUGAAAAACCAGAAUUUGUAACUGUCUUGGUGCGAGAUCCCAGGACACAGAAAGAAGAUACGUGGCAUUCUUACAUAGACUAUGAGAUAUUUAUUCAUACAAACAGCAUGUGCUUUACAAGGAAAACAUCCUGUGUUAGACGACGCUUUCGAGAAUUCGUUUGGCUUCGGCAGAGGCUUCAGAGCAACGCAGUGCUUAUACAGCUACCUGAGCUGCCAUCUAAAACUCCGUUUUUCAAUAUGAACAAUCCUCAUCACGUGGACCAUCGCCGGCAGGGUCUGCAAGAAUUCCUGGAAAAGAUCCUACAAGAUGCAUUGUUGCUUUCAGACAGUAGGCUUCACCUCUUCUUACAGACCCAGCUAAGCCCGGAAGACAUGGAGGCUUGUGUAUCUGGGCAGACCAAAUACUCUGUUGCUGAUGCAAUUCAUAAGUUCGCCUCUUUGAACAGACGUUUUCCUAUAGAAGAUGAGGAGAGAAAAAAAGGAAAAAAUGAUGCGGAGACUGAUUCAGAGAGUUCAUCCUCCGGGCUCGGACCUAGUGAUGACAGCAUUUCAUGUGGAUGUAAAGCAAGCCCAGCUUCUGAAGAAUCAUGAAAAAUCAUUCCUGUGUUGCUAUCUUGCGGACAGUACAAAGCAGUUUCUGCUCUGUUUACGGGUUACGUGUACCACGUAAACACGGCUGGCUGGUAACGCGUAGCUAAAAGACGUGUCAUCAGUAUAACCAUAUGUCCUUACAAAAUUUUCAAAACAGACCUUGAUACUAUUUGUUUGUUGAUUUAUUAUGGAUGUUGAUUCGGGUCUCCACGCUACCUAUUACAUUUAGGUUUCUGUGACUAUUAAAAUCCCAGCAUUGGGUGAGUCACGCUCUGCUGACAUACGUGGCAGUUAAAAUAUAUCCCCUAGUGAGUGCGUGUCUCAGAUCUGAAAAAUAAAGAUAACUUAAUUCCUCAGCUUAAAAGUUGGUAUAUCAUAUCAAAUAUAUUCAAAGCAUCUUUUUGUAAUUUGCAUCAGAGAAGUUUCAUCCUCAGAAGUCAUUUGACAUCGGUGAUGAAAUUACAUACCCCACAAGGUAUUCACUUUUUAAAGUAGCUCAGCAACAUCAGCAAAACAACAUUUGUACAAACUAUAUGCUGCUGACAAUUUGAGAUAUAUUUAUAUCUUCCUCUGGUCUUUCUGUAAUGUUUUUGGAAGGCUUGCUUUUAUCGUGCAUAAGAACUGAAGGCCAAAAUUCUUGAGCAUGGUUGCUUAGAAGUUAGAAAUAUUAAUAAAAAUGACAUCAUUUCUAGGCUUGCUGGAGAUUCUCCAUUCCCAGGGAAUUACAGAUACUCAUUCCCAGUGAAAACCCCACAUGAGGUUCGUUGAAACCCAUGGCUGAAUUUUGCACCCACCUCGCUAGGACCAGGAUUUCACCCAGCAUUAACUUUAGGCACUUAAAUUUGAGGACGCUGGGAGCGAUGUUUUAGUUUAGCAGUUUAAACGGAGAGCAUCUCCCUCUCUGAGACGACGAUAAUCGCACAGCUAUAACGCGCUGCGCGGCCGGGGACCUCUCCACUCUUUGGGAGUAACAGAAGCUGCCGAUUUCAUUGUGGCUGUAGUUAACACGUCGGAAUAUCGACUUUUUCACAAACAAAAGGCAGGCUUGAACACAACUUGGUAACCACCACCACUUAUUUUGAUUAAAUGUCAGUUUUGCUCUUUAUUGUUAACAGCAGCUGCGUAGUGUCUUGUCCCAGAUUCUGUCAAAGGAAUACGUUUCACUGUGCUGUUGUAUUUAUAUUUGACAUUUAACUGCUAUUAAAAAGAGCUAGGGGGUCUGAUCACCCUAGCAAAGCUCCCAUUAACUUCAGUGCUGUAGUUACCGGCCUAGAAAUGGGAGAGAGAGAGAGAGAGAUAUUUAUUUAAAGAAUUCUGUGAGUACUUUCAAAGAAGGAGCAUUUUAAACCUGUGAACUACAGAAACAAUAGAUUAUUAAAUGGCCAGAUAAUAAAGGUUAGCAUAGGCGUGUGUGGGCAUGCCUUUGUAAAGCGUCCAGCUGGGAAUCUGUGUAAUUUUAGAAACAUGUUUUAAUAGCCCGAGGAGAACAUCUCUUAGGUAACUACUUUAAGCCACUGUAUUUUGUUGAUGGUAGCACUUUUAUAAGAUAAAUACCCUGUGUUUCUUUUUGCUUGGUCUUAUUGAAUUGCACAAAUGCAUCUAUUCACCUUCUCAGCUUGUGUGCGAGUUAGCAGCAAAGCUAUUUUAAUGUAAAAGUGGUAACAUUAAUUAAAAGCAACAAGUUAUCACUAAAAGUGGCUUAAAAAAAAAUAGCUGUUAUUGCCAGGCAGAAUGUUGGAUUACUUUCUUUUUUGAGAUGGCACGUUAAAAGAAAAAUUAUUUAGCAAAAAUAUUUAAAAGAUGGGGAAAAUAUAAAAACAAAAACUGGAAUAAUGUCUGAGAAAGAUAUGAAUGUUUUUAUUUAACAUAAUGUGAGGGUAGUGGGUUUUUUAUUUUGUUCUAAAAGACUGAACUAAACUGUUGAGCACUUUACAAUUCUGGCCUAUUAACACAUCCUCUAUAUCUGAUGAAAAUUAUGGAAAGACGAGGUUUAGGAGAGCCUUUGUGGCUAUUUUUUUAAUUCUAGGAGCUUAUUGUAUGCCAGUGAGUGUUUGCCAAGUGAAGACAUUUCUGAAAUAAAUACUUGUUUUCUAAUAGUUCCAUUGUUGUUAUUUUCUUCAUCACCCUGUUCAAAAUUUCUGAGACUACUGUAAUGGAACUUGCUUCCCAGCUUUGACAGAAAUUUGUUUAAAUAUUUAUCUUUUGAAUGUUGGUAUAGCUAGUAUUACUGGAUUUUUUUCUUAUUAAAGGGGAAGGAAGAGUAUUCUGUGCUCUAGUGUGUCGUCUUUUCAUAUUAACUGUAUGUAACUGCAUAUAAAUGCUUUAAGAUAUUUUGUUUCAUUUGGAACAUUUAAAUGUAACUGUUAAAAUGUAAAAAAAUAUUUUGAAUGUGUUUUGUGACUUAAACAAUUUGGCAAUUUUUCAACACUAUAAUAUAUUUUGAUUCACUUGAUCACUGAUAUUUUGAUUCUUAUUUUUUAGUUUUGAAUAAUGCUGGUAUUUCCUGCUGUUUUUUUAAACAGGUUCAUCUCUAGUUUACAGUAUCAGCUAAUUGCUAUUGCUCAUUUAUAUCUAAUUGCAGUAAUUCUGCACUCAAAACCCUCGCUUUAUCUUUUGCUUCGAACUUUAUAGUCUCAUUUUUAUCAUGAUUUCUUAAAAGCUUUUAAGUAAUUAGAAAGUAGUAACUUGUUUUAUUUAUCUUGUGUUUAAACCUGCCAGUAAGGUUUCCUUUAUUUCAGUAUCGGUAUCCUAAUCACUUUAUGACUUACCACGUGUAAUUACUGUUCAACUAUUUUUGUGAUAUGUGUGUGUAUAUGGACCCACAGUGGUGUUUGCU